UGAACGAAGACAUCUAAACAUGUCUUAUAACUCGCAUUUUGACGUGGCUAGAAUGAAGAAUGCCCGAUCAGCCCAUAUUUAACACACUUUUCUGACAAGCGGUACACCAACGGAACAAUUAAUCGUUCCAGUUUAUAAUACACACGUCGCAUUUACAGUUGGUAUCACGAUCGUCACGACAAGGGACGGUUCAAACAUUGUGAGUUUUUGCCCUGGGCAGGAUAUGUUCAUGUAAAAUAUGCAUAACGCCACACGUCUGCCAUCGGUGUUUCAAAAGACAGAUAUAAAUAGCAUCGAAAAAACAUCAUUAUUAAUUGGAAUCAAUUAUGCAGCAGAAACAGUUUUCACGGAAAAGUAUUAGAUAGAAAACUUGCCAAUGAUGUAAAACAACUGAUAAGGUUAUAUUUGUGCAAAACAAUAUAGAUCUAUGCAAAUAAGGUUUAUCAUUAAGUAAACAAUCGUGGAACGGAUAAAAAACGGAGUGAUAUAAUCUUUGCUUAUAUUACAUUUCUAUGGAUCGCGCAUCACUAUCAACAGAUAUUCCUUAUAUUCGGGGAUAUCGGUAAAAGACAAACGGGUGUGCAUUUCAAAGAGUGUGAGGCAUGUUGAAUCGUCUUUCUAUAAUAUAACAUAAUUAUAAAACAUUCUAUCAAAUUGGUCAUAAGUGACAUAGAUUAAACGAUGGAGUUUAAAGAAAACGAUAACUAUUAUGGCAUUAUCCCAUGGACGUCGUCAACAGCUAUGCUCUCAGAAGGACUCGUCGAUUUGAACGACCGAUAUGCCAGAGCCUUACUUCCUCUCACAAUUACCUUCGGGUUCUUCAUGGUGUUUGGUGUCCUCGGCAACCUUUUGAUAAUUUUCAUUUUCAUAAAGAGUCCCGAUUACAAGCGAAAUAAUUUCAAAGUAUUUGUUCUGACACUGGCUGUAAUUGACCUUAUCACCUGCAUUACCCUUCUACCUGCGGAGAUGGCUAAGCAUCGGUAUUACUUCAUGUUUAACAAUGCUUUAUAUUGUAAAAUAAAAUGCUUCUUAAAUGUCUUUGGUGCAUCUUCGUCUUGUUUGGCGCUGCUGGUGAUUUCUGUGGACAGAUACCGGAAGGUUGUGCAUCCCUUUAAGAAGCAAUUGAGUCCCAAGAUUGCGGUGAAAAUCUUGAUUGGCGUAGCCGUCCUGUUUCCACUAUGUUUGGCGAUCCCUGGAGCGCUGAUGUGCGGAAUCAAUACAACACAAUUAAUAAACAAACAUGGCUCCAACACGACUGUAUAUUUGUGCGAGACUGAGGAAAGAUAUAAGACAUCUGUGCUGAGAAUUGUAUACAAAUGUAUAUUUAUUGGUUUGCACUGUGGAAUUUCAUUCAUAUAUCUGGUACUGUACGCAAUAAUAAUGAGAGUUGUUGUAAAGCAAUUAAAAAAAUGUGCAAAACAGCAACAAAGUAAAAUGACUCCAGAUGCAUACGCUAAUUAUACUAGUAAAAACACAACGAUGCUUGGACAUUACAAGAAGGUAUGUGAUGCUAUUGUGGCGGAGCGUAUUACGCUAUCGGGGACAGAAACUGUCAUAGAAGUAGACAAUAAAAUAAUAAGACAGCCACAUUCGACAAGUCAAGAAAACGAAUCGUUAACACAUUCCGACACAAAUCAAGACACCAUCACAUCUCGAUCAAAAUCAAAGCGCAAACAUACCAGUUUCAAACGCUUUUCGCGCCACAGCUCACGGUUUAAUAGGAACAAAUUUCCGACAAAGACGUUAAUCUGGUUCACAUUGACGAUAUUGUUUGUUGUAACGUACUUACUACAUGUAGUGUUGGCCUUGACUGUUGGAAAAGUUGCAAAAAUGAAUAUUGAUGACUUUGUUCCUUUUUGUUUCUUUUUUCGAAUGUACUUUGCUAACCAUAUCGUUAAUCCGAUGGUGUAUGCGUUGUUUGUGAAAAGUUUUAGAGAUUCAAGUAAACGUGUAUUCAAUAAAAUGCUGGGAAAUACAGUCCGAUGCCUUUAA